AUGUCGCCCAAUUCGACGUUGUAUUGCCAAAAGUGCCGCCAACCUCUUGAUCCAGACACCACCGUCGAAGAUCUCAAUCCUGCCUCAUUCGAUGUGCUGGUUGGUAGAGCGCAGCAAUCUACCAAUACUCGGCCGCAUUUGAACUACCCUCAAGAACGGAAGGCCCUCUACGAUCGAGUCUCAAGUCAAACCAACCCUCCUGUAUAUAAACGGUCCAUUCCGGCUCCUCAAGAUGCAUCUACUGCGGAUCUUCGUUCUGCCUCGGGUCAGGGUCCUCGCUCAGGCGCACCUGACAUGUCCUUCAUUGAGAUAACCCAAUCGCAAGCCAUUUUACCGGAAAGAGAUUCACUCAACGCUGUCAAAACGAGCCCUAAAGGCCCAAAAGACGGCGACAAAGAAAAGGGCGGAAAGAAAGACCCCAUGUCUGGAGAGAUUGAGAAAGCUCAGGUGCUUUACGAAAUCCUGUCAUCUCGUUCUGAUAUCGACCAUCCAAUCUGCGCAGAAUGUGCCGCCUUGCUCCUGGCCUCCUUCAAUGCUCGUCUAGCAAGCGCCAACCGGGAAAGAGAUUCCUAUGCCUCCUUUCUGAAGUCCAUCCAACAGACAGCCUCUGCCACACAGGUCACUAGUCAAGCGAAGACCGCUAAAGCUUCUAAAGAUGCUCAGAAUGCCCUCGAAUCGACCUUCGGACACUUAAAGCUCACCGAAGACCAGUCGGAAGCCGUUGAGAAAGAGAUCGGGGAUUUGGAAGAGGAAACAGAGCAGGCAGAUCGAGAAGAACAAGCAUAUUGGACAGCCCGAAAUGCCAUAGACGACAGAUUACAUGAGACUACCAUCCGACUGUUCUCCUUGCAAGAAAAAUAUGCCCACGAUCGUCAGCAGCUGGAGCGAUUGCAACGAACCAAUGUCUACAACGACACUUUCUGCAUCAGUCAUGACGGCUCGUUUGGGACAAUCAACGGACUUCGACUGGGUCGUCUACCGGGCCAAAACGUGGACUGGGCUGAAAUCAAUGCUGCAUGGGGUCAAGCGAUCCUCCUCCUGGCAACUGUGGCUGAACGGCUCAAAUUCUCGUUUCAAGGUUAUCGUCUCAAGCCUCAAGGCAGCACAUCCCGCAUUGAGAAGCUGGAAUAUCCUCAACAAUCGCCUAACGUGAGCCGGCAAAGUGUUCAAGAUCGUGGCUCGCACCAAGCUACGGGAAUAUCUGAACCUAAAAUCACGAUACUCGACCUCUUCAGCAGUGGUGACAUGGCGAUUGGGAGGCUUCUAAAUCACCGGCGCUUCGAUAACGGCAUGGUGGCCUUUCUGGACUGCAUAGAUCAGCUUGCGAAAUAUGUUCAACGCACAUCAAAGGUCGAUCUGACAACUAAAACCAACACUUCCCGGAAUGCGAGCGCCCGAACACCCAAAGCAAACACAAUUCUACCAUAUGAAAUCCAAGAUGACCGAAUCGGGAAUGUCUCUAUCAAGCUAGGUGUUGGUUUUCACCAAGAUGAAAACUUCACUAAGGCCUGUAAAUAUGCAUUGACAUGCUGCAAAUACCUCCUCGCUUAUGUGAGCAACUUGGAAGUUCAGGGACUGACUAAAUGA